UUCUUUUUACAAAUCACCACGAAGCUCUACUCUCUCUCUCUCUCUUCCUCUUCCAUGGUUGUUUUCUCUCUCUUCUCUUAACUCAGUAAACAAAGACACCUUUCUUUCUCUCUCUUAAAAUCCUUCCCUCUCAUGAAGUUGCCACGUCAUUUCCCCCACUUUAUCCAACCACCGUCUGCCGUCCUUCCUUCUUCUUCUUCCUCCUCCUCCAUUUCACUCCAAUCCUUUCUUUCUUUCUUUCUAAUUCUUCCAAUUCCUUCAUCUUCCUUCUUCAACUUUUCUUCUUCAUCAUCCACCAUCUUAACAACAGCACUCCUCUGCCUUCUUCUUUGAGUUUCCUCGAACCUCCCCUCAAUUUCAAUCCCUCUCUUAAUUCUUUCUUCUGGGUUUUUCCUGAUUUCCCCUAUCAUGCCUCUUGGGUGGGUUAAAAAAUUGAGUAGAAAUAAGGACCAUCACAAUCAAAAUCACCCCACUUCUUCUCUCAACCUCUUCAAGUCUUCUUCUUCUUCCCCCAAAACUCAACCGAAGAACCCCAUCAUCACCCACAAACCCAAGAGCUUUGAUGAGGUUUCUGCUGUGAUUUUCUCUCGUAAUUCUCCCAGGUCUAGCAGGGAUCUGGGCUCUUCUGGUGCUGCCUCUUCUGGGUUUUCUGGUUUUGACUCUGAUAGUGGGGAUAAGAGUCUUCCUCUUCCUCGACCUGCUACUUCUGGCCUUGGGAUUGAUCAUGGAGCUGGGAAUGGAUCUGGGUCCAGUUCGGUUUCCAGUGAUAUCUCUUCUGGCUCUUCAGAUGAUCAACCAUCUGCUCAAGAACAGCUUCAAUUUGGAGCUUACAGAGGAUUUGCUGAUAACAGAAUCGAGACAAGAGCAAGAAGUCCAGGUCCAGGAUCAAAAGGACCCACUAGUCCAACAUCGCCUCUCAACCCACGUUUCUGUGGCAUGAGUCUCGAGUCUCCUACAACUCAUAAGCUGCCGCUUCCUCCAAGUGCUCCCACCAGCCCUUCUUCCUUGACCAGCAUGAGAGCUACCAAUAUUGGUGAUAACAACGCAGCUAUACAAUCGAAAUGGAAGAAAGGAAGGCUUCUAGGGAGAGGAACAUUUGGGCAUGUUUACCUUGGAUUUAACAGUGUAAGUGGCCAAAUGUGUGCAAUUAAGGAGGUCAGGGUUAUAAGUGAUGACUCAACAUCAAAGGAAUGUCUCAAGCAAUUGAACCAGGAGAUUACUGUGCUCAGUCAGCUGUCGCAUCCGAACAUUGUCCGGUACUAUGGUAGUGAAAUGGGUGAAGAGUCGCUCUCAGUCUACUUAGAAUACAUUUCCGGGGGAUCAAUUCACAAAUUACUUCAGGAAUAUGGCGCCUUCAAAGAACCUGUUAUAAGAAAUUAUACCCGGAAGAUUCUUUCUGGGCUUGCUUAUUUGCAUGGGAGAAAUACAGUGCAUAGGGACAUCAAAGGGGCAAAUAUCUUAGUAGAUCCGAAAGGCGAGGUCAAGUUGGUGGACUUUGGCAUGGCAAAACAUAUAACGAAUUGUACUUCGAUGCUUUCCUUCAAAGGCAGUCCUUAUUGGAUGGCCCCGGAGGUUGUGAUGAAUACAAAUGGCUACAGUCUUGCUGUAGACAUUUGGAGUUUAGGAUGUACUGUUCUUGAAAUGGCAACAUCUAAACCGCCUUGGAGCAAAUACGAAGGGGUGGCUGCCAUUUUCAAAAUUGGGAAUAGUAAAGACAUUCCCGAAAUUCCAGACUAUCUCUCCAGUGAUGCUAGAAGUUUUGUGCAAUUAUGUUUGCAACGGGAUCCUUCCGCCCGUCCUUCUGCUGCAGAACUACUGGACCACCCUUUUGUUCAAGAUGCAGUAACACCAAGAGCAUCUGAUGUUAACUUAUCUGUGGAUGCAUUCCCCUUUAGCUUCGAUGGAAUCCAAACUUCGCCAUUGUUAGAUCGGCAUCCAAACAGAAAAAGUAUAAGCAUAUGUGAUGGAGAUUAUGUGACAAACCCAACAUUCUCUUCCAGAGCUCCGAGUCCUAGGGGAAAUGGAAGAUUGAUCACAUCCUUGCCUGUCUCUCCAUGUUCAAGUCCAUUACGGUCGUAUGGCCCCACGCACCAGAGCUGUUAUCUUUCACCACCUCACACGUCUUACAUGGGGGUGGGUCAAAGUGGAUACAAUUUGAACGAAUACGCAUAUAACACGAGACCAAACACAUUGUUCACCCUUGAUCCUUUGCGAGAGUCAUCUCUAUUGAAAGUGCAGACUCAUCUUGGAUCACCAAGAAGACCUCUUUGACUAAACUUUUCAUGAAAAAAAAAAAAACAGAAAAAGAAAUCUUCCUCACAUCCCCGGGUGUAAUUUUAUCCAUUGUGUAUCAGAAAUAUUUUAUUGUGAAGAGAUUGAGUUAUUCAUGUAUCAGCAAUUGAAAGAAGGGUACUUGAUUGAAAAUGGUGGGAUAAAAUUUUCUAACUGGGGAUAUGAUGUAAUUGAUUAGAGAUAUCUUGUACCUUGUAACAAUAUUUUUUGGUCCUUGUAAAGGGAAAGUGGUCUGUACAUGUAAUAAUCAGUUUUAGUUUAUUACCUGCUAUGAUUAACUUAGAUCAGGCAUUCAAAACUAA